GUGGCAGAGCUCGCCAUCGCGGGCGCCCUGUGCUUCAUGAAACAGCCGCGCGCGGUGAUCUGGAUAGCCCUGGCGUUCGCCGCCCCCCUGCGACCGAAGGAGGCUUUCAAGCUGCGGCCCGACCAGCUGGUCAGGCCGUCGCCCGCGGCGGGCCCCCAGCGCGUCCACUGGGGGGUGCUGAUCAGCGCCUUUGGCGGGGGGGCCGGCAAGACGGGCGAACGGGGCGGCCCCGUGCUGGCGGAUCUGGACCAUUGGCUGCUGGAGGCCCGAGAGGCCCUGAACGGGGCGACCGCGGGGCAGCCAAGCGCGCGGGGCUUCGAGCCGGCGGGGCUUCGCAAGCUCUUCAGCCGGCGCGCAGGGCCCCUGGAUUUGCGGUCUCUCAGGCCCCACAUGCACAGCAUGGGGCGCGGCGGGGCGUCGGGCGACUUGGCCGCCAAGAGGCGGGCCAUGGCAGAGGUCGAGCGCCGCGGACAGCGGCGGGGCCAGCGCAGCCUCCGGGGCUGGCGCCUGCUCAUGGAGAUGGCCAAGGCGCCGCGGGCGGUGUAUUCGUUCGGCCAGUUG